AGGAUUUACCAAGAGAUGGUGCUGGAAACAGCGACAGUUGUAGACUGUAGUCAGCAUGAUGUUGGCAACAAGGCGCCUAUCACACGUGUUUUUUGACAAUUUGCGUAGGAAUUUUUUGUCAGUUUCCCGGUCCCCUUUGUGUGGUUCAGGUGUGCCGAAAUUUUUGAAUAAAUAUUCCAGGAUGGCUUACUAUAUCGUUGAAAGGGGCUCGCAAUACACAAACGAUUACAGAGUCUACAUACAUGAUAAAAAUGGUCCAGUUUCCCCUCUGCACGAUAUUCCCUUGCUGGUUGAUGCUGACAAAAAAAUCUUCAACAUGGUGGUGGAAGUUCCUAGAUGGUCCAAUGCGAAAAUGGAGAUUACAAUGAAAGAAACUCUGAACCCAAUCAGGCAAGACAUCAAAAAAGGCAAACCACGUUUCGUGGCCAACUGUUUCCCUCAUCACGGCUACAUUUGGAACUACGGAGCUCUACCCCAAACUUGGGAAAAUCCUGAACAUCUGGAUGACGGAACCGGGUGUAGAGGGGACAACGAUCCGAUCGAUGUCAUCGAAAUUGGCUACAGGGUGGCCAAGAGGGGCGAAAUUUUGCAUGUUAAAAUAUUGGGAACUAUUGCUUUGAUUGAUGAAGGUGAAACCGAUUGGAAAUUAAUCGCAAUCGACGUAAACGACCCAUUAGCAAACCAAAUGAACGAAGUAAACGACAUUGAAAAACAUUUUCCCGGUUUACUAAAAGCUUCAAUAGAAUGGUUCAAAAUCUACAAAAUCCCCGAUGGCAAACCGGAAAAUAAGUUCGCCUUCAACGGCGAUGCCAAACCUUCGGCUUUUGCUCACAAAAUUGUCGACGAGGUUCACGGAUUCUGGAAGCAACUUGUCAGCCAGGAAAUUGACGCCAACGGAAUUGCUAUCGUAAAUACAACUUUGGAUGGAAAUGCUUUUAACAUCUCGACAGAUGAAGCCAACGAGAUUAUACAGAAGACUCCUGAAUUUGGACCGCCUCAAGAAGUCGAUCCGAUUGUUGACAAAUGGCAUUAUACCCAUCUGAAGUAAACUGCGAAGCCACCAAAAACAAAUUUUGCAUAAAAAGCACUCUCUUUUUGCAUUUGAAAAUGUCUACUAGGCUAUAAGGACUAAACGUCUAUAAUUGCACCAUUUUUGUACCGUAAUUUAAUUUGAUGUUAGCUGGUAAUAAAGAAUCUGUUCGUGUUUUGAUUUU